AUGGAUAGACCCCCAAUUACGGAGGAUCUUGUUAAUAAAGAGACUCAAGGCCGCUACAAAUUCGUUAAGACACUCGGUCGCGGUGCUUAUGGCGUUGUUUUUGCCGCCAUAGAAAAAGCAACAGGCAAAGAAGUUGCUGUCAAACAUGUUGAUCGUGUUUUUGAAUCACCUCUUGAUGCCAAACGCUGCUUGCGUGAAGUCAAAAUAUUAUCACAACUUAAUCAUGAAAAUAUUACAAAUCUUGUUGAUAUCUCUUGCUUACCUGAUUACGAAAACUUCAAAGGAUUAGCUAUCGUGAUGGAUUUAAUGGAUACAGAUAUGUGUCAAAUUAUUAAUAGUGGACAACCACUCCUUGUAGAACACCACAGAUAUUUUAUUUACCAGUUACUUCGUGGACUUAAAUAUCUUCACUCCGCAAACAUUCUUCACCGUGAUUUAAAGCCAUCCAACUUACUUUUGAACUCAGAUUGCGAUCUAAAAAUUGCAGAUUUUGGUCUUGCACGUAUUUCCGAACCAGAUGAACCACAAGAGUUCCUUUCAGAAUAUGUCGCUACCCGAUGGUACCGUGCUCCAGAAGUUCUUCUUAAUUACGAUACAUACGGUGCUCCAAUGGAUAUGUGGAGCGUUGGCUGCAUUACAGCAGAGCUUGUUCUUCGCCAUCCACUUUUCCGUGGAACUUCCACUCGUAACCAGUUAGAACUUAUUACACAGAUUCUUGGUUCUCCAACAGACAAAGACCUCGAGGGAUGCACAAACCAGAAAGCCUACAGAUUUAUGCAGCAACUUCCUCCGCAGACAAAGGUUCCAUGGGAGGAGUUAUUCCAAGGAAAAACAUAUAAUCCAGAAGAAAUCGACUUUAUUGACAGACUCCUCAAGUGGAAUCCGAACGAAAGAAUGACAGUUGAAGAGGCCUUGGAGCACCCAUUCGUCGUCAAACUUCACGAUCCUUUCGAUGAACCAGUUGGCUUCCCAUUCGAGGAAUUCGACUUCGAAAGACAAGAUGUUACUGUUGAAGAGCUCAAAAUGGAAAUGUGGAAAGAGAUAUUGAAGCGCCAUCCAAAAUUCGAGUAA